AAGCCCUGAAACUUUUCUUGUGUUAUGAGUCUUAAGGAAGUCUGGAUGGGAAACCUGCAAAUAUGCAAAUCUGCAGGUUAUUUUACAUGAAAAAUCUCUUGCAUAUUUAUUGAGGCCAGUGUUAUGCUUUCAAGGCAGGUUUACAUUUCUGUUGAGUGACAGAUUCUAUACUCUGCUUGUUCCUGUCAUGCUAGCUCAUAUGUGUUAAAGACAAGAUAACUGAACCAGUAAAGAAGAAUGACUGAACCAACUACAAAGACAAAAUAGAUUUACAAUUUACAGAGUAGGCACGCAUCAAAGAAGUUAGCUUAAUAUUUCAAUCAAGAACAUGGGAAAAUGGAAGUAGUGCUUUUAACUUGCCAUAAUAAAAACACGUAACCAACUUUUGCCUGCAUAAAACACUACAAACAGGAAAAAGGACUCUGCUGUAGGAAAGCAUUUGGAUUUAUUCUGAAUUUCCUUCACAUAAAAUGAGGACAGAAUGACAACAGUGACAAUCUAAUGCAUGAUGAAAUUUACCAAAUGGAAUUUUAUUUUUUUAGUUGGUGGAAUUGUAGUUUACAUAGCUGAUAUUGGAGUGGAUUUCUGGGUUGCUAGUAAAUAUUUCUAUGAGGGACAAUAUUGUUGGGCUAUACUGAUACUCUGUUUUAGGGGCUUUUCAUCACUAAUAACUCAGAUAUUCAGUUAUCAAUGGUUUAAAAAUGACUGGAAAGGUACUGCUCCUAGGAAGCUAGAUUGGAUCUUUCUAGCUCAUUUCUUCCACUGUGGAAUUUUUAUAAGAUAUUGGUUUGCCUUGAAGUAUGGCUGCCAAGCGGCUUUUAGACAAGACAGCAGUGGAGAUAUAUCAGAAACAGACCCUCCCAACAUCAUUCAUAAACAAGCUAUUGAAGUACUGACUGAUAUUAACAUGCUCAGGGUAUUCAAGACUUUCCUUGAGACCACACCACAGCUCUUUGUUCAGAUUUACGUACUCAUGGAACACAGCAACCAUAAUUUCUAUCAAUAUGCUGCCAUUAUUAUUUCAUUUUGUGGUAUUUCCUUUUCAAUGGUUGAUUAUCAAAUAUCACUACGAAAAUCUCUGCCUGAUAAGGAGGAAUUGCAAGUGCUUCCCAAGUUAGUGUAUCUCUUCUAUAAACUGUUCUCCAUCACUUCUUGGAUACUCAGUAUUUCACUGAUCACUCUACUGAGUGUUAGAAGUUCCGUAAUUCUGCUGAUACUUCUUUGGAGCUGCGGUUUUGCCUGGACUUUGAAACAGCACACAACAUUUUGCAAAUCCACAGAGAUGGAAUAUCUGUACAGAACUGUUGUUGGAAUCAUUCUACUUUUUACUUUUUUUAACAUAAAGGGGAGAAAAACAAAAGCUUGCAUUUCUAUUUAUUAUGCUACUCACACCCUUGUAACUGUAGGUAUUUUGCUUGUAUGUUUGUUUUGGAAACCUGCUGUUAUCAAGGAAGUACAUCUUACAAUUGUGAGCAUCUUAACUGUUCUCAGUCAGGUGUUAGGUGUUAUUUUUCUUGCUGUUUAUUACAAGUAUUUUCACCCCACUACUUAUUGCAAGCAUCAGACACUUUUUGACGAAGUUGACAGAAGGGGAGCAGACAAUAUGGAAGUUGGUAGAUUUCAAAAUUUCAUAAUGCAAUGAUCAGUAUAGGUUUUGGUGCAGACUGCAAAGCAAAAACUUGCUGCAGAGUGUGCUUCUCUGUCUUUGUUUCUUAUGUAUUUCUACUAAGCAGCACUGGAGUUAUUGGUUCUGAAUAACUCUUCCACGAUAUAAUAUAAAGUACCUUUAUAACAUGAAUAUUUUUCUAUGUGUUAGUCAGUGUUACUUUUUCUAAAAGGAAUCUAUUUAUGCAUCCGACCCAAUUCACUGUUUUAGUUUUUAGCAGUGCAUGUAGAACAUAGGAAAAGCUAAAAACAAGUCAAAUGAAAGUUAGCAUUACCAACGUAUUCUGUUUAUUUAUGUUAAUUCUGUUAAAAGCAAGGCUUAAUUCUCUUGAUGGAAGGAAAGAGAAAUAUUGAGGGGUGAUGAUCUGUGAGCUGGCUGUUUCUUCCCAUUACUGUAAGAGUUGCAGUUUUUAUAUAAAUGAGCAUAGAUACAAACUUCACUGCCUCCUCCUUAAACAUCCCAUGAAGAAGAAUGGCUUUGAUUUAUGACCCAAUCACUGUCAUGCUACAAGAAAACAUGAGGAGUUAUUUUAAAGCAUUUUAUCUUCUAGGUGUUUUAAUGACUCCUUUAUUGCUUUUGUUCUGCUAAUCUUUCACACACCCCUUAUUUAGGAGCAAUGCCAGUUUGUUGUUCUGGACUAUAAUAGCAUCUUGAGUGAUUUACUGACAGCAACACAUGUCUCAGAAAUAAAGGAAGAGCUAUCUUCCUUGAAGCUUUCCUAUCCUCUGAGCUCCAGGAUACAAUACUUAAAUGCUAGCUUCCACUGAAGGACGAAGCUAUGCAAGGUAUGAAGUGGUACAGUUUCUUUAGUCUUUGCCACCAGCCACAGCUUUUUCAGAAAUAAAACCUAAGGUGAAGUCUCUCAGAGCUGCUGGGUUUUUUGAGUAAUUUGAGUAAUGAAAAAUGGGCUUCUCUCCUCCGAUAAUUCACAUUUCUAAUUAGCAUAGCCACAGGCAAAGGGAGGAUACAGUGCUUGAGAAAGGAGACUAGAGAUAAGCACAGCUGAUAAACUUUGCCAGGAACAAAAUCUGUUAGAAUUAUUGAUUGACAGCAAACAUCUCUUAAACUCUGGGGGGAGGGCUGAUGCUUUGGUUGAUACUUAGGGUGCUGAAGAGUUGUUUUCUGUGCUGCUUCGGCAGCAAAAUACAUGAUUUUAGUGUGAAUAUACUACUCUUUUUCUACAAUAAAUAAAUAAAUAGGAUCCUAAAUAAUGAAGACUAAAAUCCCUUUAUUUCUGUCUACACUUUUAUUGUUUGUUCAUCUGAAAUCAUGAGGAAGGGAUUACGGGAAGGUAGGGUAGGAAAGUAAGAACAUCAUCUUGCAGAAAAACUACUUUUUCCUUUUCCUAACUACUACUUGGAAGAAGACCUCGAAUCUUGCACAUUAUCUGGGAAGCAGAUCUCUAGGGAAACAUGAGCAUCUGAGAAACUGAGUGUCAGGCUUCCAGCCCUGGGGCCUCCAGGUUGUCUGCCUGCUUGCCAGAUGCCAGAAACGUGGAGCCUGAGUUAUGCUGGAGGUUAGUUUAUGCUGAAACAAAGCAAACUUGUCCUAGUGAUUUUUUUUUCCCUCCCUUUCAGUAAACUGACAAAUCCCAACUGAAAGUAUUUCACUGUCAUAUCUCUAUGUGAUUCUUAACACUUUUUUUU